GUAUCUGGACGGGAACACUUCACCUAUGAAGAAGGUGCUCGCUCCAGUGGGCGCUUGGUCGUAAAAAACAAUGGGCUGCUGAUAAACUUACUUUAUAGCCAGAACACACACUACUUCGUUUUCUUCAUUCCCAUCAUUUGAAGAAGAAAGAACCAAAAUGCCAGGACUCACAGCUCCCUCAGAUUAUUCCCAAGAGCCUCCACGCCACCCUCUUCUCCUUAUUAACGCCAAGGAACCCUUCAACGCGGAGCCACCGCGUUCGGCGCUGAUUGCCUCCUAUGUCACCCCUUCCGAAUUCUUCUACAAGAGGAGUCACGGCCCAAUCCCCCUCGUCGAUGACAUAAACAGUUACUGCGUGACGAUAUCUGGUUUGAUUGAAAAUCCCAAACAGCUUUUCAUGGAGGAUAUCAGGAAGCUUCCCAAGUAUAAUGUAGCUGCCACGCUGCAGUGUGCAGGGAAUCGAAGGACCGCUAUGAGCAAGACCAAAACGGUAAAGGGGGUUGGCUGGGAUGUUUCGGCCAUUGGUACUGCUGUAUGGGGUGGUGCCAAAUUGGCUGAUGUUCUUGAACUUGUUGGAAUUCCAAAGUUGACAAGUGUCACUCAAUUUGGUGGAAAACAUGUUGAGUUUGUAAGUGUUGAUAAGUGUAAGGAGGAGAAUGGAGGCCCAUACAAGGCUUCAAUACCGGUCAGUCAGGCUACAAAUCCUGAAGCAGACGUUCUACUUGCUUAUGAAAUGAAUGGAGAACUUCUUAACAGGGAUCACGGGUACCCUUUACGUGUGGUUGUUCCUGGUGUGAUUGGAGCCCGGUCCGUUAAAUGGCUGGAUGCUAUCAAUAUCAUUGCAGGAGAAUGCCAGGGUUUCUUCAUGCAAAAGGACUACAAAAUGUUUCCACCAUCAGUGAAUUGGGAUAAUAUUAAUUGGUCAACCAGGAGACCCCAAAUGGAUUUCCCUGUUCAGUGUGUUAUAUGUUCUCUGGAAGACGUGAGCACAAUAAAGCCUGGGAAGGUAAAAAUUAGUGGAUAUGCUGCAUCGGGUGGUGGUAGAGGCAUCGAAAGGGUAGAUGUGUCUGUUGAUGGAGGUAAAACUUGGAUGGAAGCCUCAAGAUUUCAGAAAAAGGGCAUUCCCUAUAAAUCAGAUGAUGUCAAUAGUGACAAGUGGGCAUGGGUGCUAUUUGAAGUCACAGCUGAUAUUCUUCACAGCACUGAGAUUGUUGCAAAAGCAGUAGAUUCAGCUGCAAAUGUCCAACCUGAAAAGGUUGAAGACAUCUGGAACCUCAGAGGGAUAUUAAACACUUCAUGGCAUCGGGUGCAAGUUCAAGCGAGUCACUCAAACUUGUAAAAGUUGUACCAAUUAUCCAGUCAAGCUUUUAUGACAAUCCCCCCACGGCCUUUCUGCAAUUCUGCCCUCCAACUUUAAUGGUUUUUGAAAUCUUCUUACUGAACAGUGACUGCUAAUACUGUAUAUAAAGUCUUCAUACAAAUAAGCUGUGGUGAAGAAGGGGUUAUAAGUAUUCACUUAAGUUUUGUGUGGAUUGCUAUGACACUGUAACUUCGUUUCUUCCAGGAUUUACUGAGAUAAAAAAAACAUGAAGCAUCUGGCAUUUGGAAUUUCA